UCGGGGUUGGGCUUGCAUGUGCAUCACAUCAGAGGCCAACAUGAAGACAGGUACAAUCUUUGUGCUGGUGGCUUUCAUCACCAUGGGGCUGGAGAUGGCCUGUGCUCAGAGACCUUUCAGAGGGAAAGAAAGACCUGGAGUCUGCCCAGAGGUGCCCAAAGAUACUGCUGGGAUUUGUGUUGAAAUGUGCACAGGAGAUGAGUCGUGUCCAGAGGGAUCAAAAUGCUGCAGCAAUGGAUGUGGUCAUGUCUGCAAACAUGUUUCCUCCAACGGUGGUUCUGUCAACGUGUGAAAGGUGGACUGGAGGCCAGCCCCAGAAGAUUUCUCAUGAAUCCAUGAAUCCAGUUCUUGGCAUAAGAGCAAGACUCUUUCACUGCUUAUUCCUGGCUAUCCCCUAUCCCUGGAUUUGCAGCCUUAGGAGAUGAAGAUUUUAAAUGGUGGAGUGACGACUUUCUAAAAGCUUGUGUCCAAAAUAAACUGUGGCAUUAC